AUGCCUGAACCGGCGAAAUCCGCGCCCGCCCCCAAAAAGGGCUCCAAAAAAGCGGUGACAAAGACGCAGAAGAAAGGGGAUAAGAAGCGGCGGCGCAGCCGGAAGGAGAGUUAUUCCAUCUACGUCUACAAAGUGCUGAAACAAGUGCACCCCGACACCGGCAUCUCCUCCAAGGCGAUGGGCAUCAUGAAUUCCUUCGUCAACGACAUCUUCGAGCGCAUCGCCGGCGAGGCCUCCCGCUUGGCCCACUACAACAAACGCUCCACCAUCACCUCGAGGGAAAUCCAAACGGCCGUCCGCCUCCUUCUGCCGGGCGAGUUGGCCAAGCACGCCGUCUCGGAGGGCACGAAGGCGGUCACCAAGUACACCAGCUCCAAGUAA